GGCAGGCGGAGGGCUUUCUCCCGCGCCCGCCUGCCCGGUGCGGUCCGAGGAUGCGGGGGGGCGAUGCCCGGGGCCAGGGACGCGCUCUGUCACCAGGCGCUGCAGCUGCUGGCCGAGCUCUGUGCCCGAGGGGCCCUGGAGCACGACAGCUGCCAAGAUUUCAUCUACCACCUGCGGGACCGUGCCAGACCCCGGCUCCGCGACCCAGAUAUCUCUGUGAGCCUGCUAACCCUUGUGGUUACCGCCUGUGGUCUUGCCCUAUUCGGUGUCUCUCUCUUCGUUUCUUGGAAACUGUGCUGGGUUCCAUGGCGAGAGCGAGGCCUGUUCUCUGGUAGCAAAGACAACAACCAAGAGCCUCUUAACUACACAGACACAGAAACGAAUGAGCAGGAGAACAGCGAGGACUUCCUAGACCCACCCACACCCUGCCCCGACUCCUCCAUGAAGAUCAGCCACACUUCCCCUGACAUUCCCCUCUCCACCCAGCCAGGUGGCCAAGAGAACUGUGCCCAUGCCGUCCGCGUGCAGCGACAAGUCACAGAGCCAACACCAUCAGCUCGGCAUAACUCAAUUCGAAGACAACUCAACCUGUCCAACCCGGACUUUAAUAUCCAACAGCUUCAGAGGCAGGAGCAGUUGACGGGGAUUGGUAGAAUUAAACCCGAGUUGUAUAAGCAGAGGUCACUGGACAAUGAUGAUGGGAGAAGGAGUAACAGCAAAGCCUGCGGGAAACUGAACUUUAUUUUAAAAUAUGACUGCGACUUGGAACAGCUCAUCGUGAAGAUCCACAAAGCUGUCAAUUUACCUGCCAAGGACUUCUCUGGGACUUCAGAUCCUUAUGUCAAGAUCUACUUGCUUCCUGACAGGAAAACAAAACACCAGACUAAAGUUCAUAGGAAGACCCUGAACCCUGUAUUCGAUGAGGUGUUUUUAUUUCCUGUUCCCUACAAUGACCUUGAAGCUCGGAAGCUUCACUUCUCUGUGUAUGACUUUGACAGGUUCUCUCGCCAUGACUUGAUUGGUCAGGUGGUGGUGGACCACUUCUUCGACUUGGCUGAUUUCCCCAGGGAGUGCAUCCUUUGGAAGGAUAUCGAGUAUGUCACCAACGACAAUGUGGAUCUGGGUGAGCUUAUGUUUUCACUCUGCUAUCUUCCAACGGCUGGCAGGCUGACCAUCACCAUUAUAAAAGCAAGGAAUUUAAAGGCAAUGGACAUAACAGGAGCAUCAGAUCCCUACGUGAAAGUCUCACUCAUGUGUGAUGGCCGGCGACUGAAGAAGAGGAAAACAUCCACCAAGAGGAACACGCUUAAUCCCGUUUACAAUGAAGCCAUAGUCUUUGACGUCCCUCCUGAGAGCAUUGAUCAGAUCCACUUGUCCAUAGCUGUCAUGGACUAUGACCGUGUAGGUCACAAUGAGGUCAUCGGCGUGUGCCAAGUAGGCAACGAGGCUGAGCGACUGGGCAGAGACCACUGGAGUGAGAUGCUGUCAUAUCCUCGGAAGCCCAUUGCGCACUGGCACUCUCUGAUGGAGAAACGAUGACUAUGGAUAAGAAGACUGCUUGUGCCAAGGACACAGUCGGACAACCGUGUAACAAUGAUUUUAAGUAACUUUCCCCACCUAGCAACAUCCAGAUGACUCCAGCAACGAAAUGCUCCGCUGUACCCACAGCAAUACUGGCCCUCUUUCCAAAUUGGAUUUGGUGAAUCUGAAUGGUUCACCCACCUUCUUCAGGUGGCCCUAGGUGAUAUGCUGUAGGGAAGCUCAUCCUUCAUUGCCAAAAACCAAAUUUGACUGUGGAAGAAAGCAAGUGGCACAGUGAGAGUCCUGAGUGCCAAGACACCUAGUGAUUAAUGUAAGGCCUUGGUUGUAUGGGUGUGAUACUGGUCCUGGCAGUGGUCAGUCUAACAUGAAGUCAUUUGUAUGAAUGCCCUGGAAAGACAGAAUACUUUAAAAAAAUAUAUCCAGGUGCUAAAUAGGCAGCAGAUUUUAAAUCAAACUCUACUACCUGUGAGUUAAUGACUGUCUUCAGAGAAUAAUUUCACCCCCCCCCCAAAAAAAAAGUGUUUCGGUUUUCCAAGGAAUGGCCCAAGAGAAUCCUAGGCCAAGCAAGCCUGGAGGAAGUCUUGUGCAAGGCAGGUUAGUUCACAGCAAACUCUCAUGCACAUGGCAGAGUCCCGCUUGGCUGUGGCCAUUGUUCACUAACAAACCCAGAUUCUGAGAUUCGAAACAUUAUUUCCAGGUGGCCAGCAGCCACUUCCUUCCCAGUGGCAGUUCUAGAAUGAAAAGUGUCAUCCUUGUUAGAGAUGCCUGCCUUCCAAUGGCGUGCAUGUGCACCUUGGAAUGUUCUUUCCCAGACUCAGAAGUCUGUGUUCUAAAAUAAGAUCACUGGGAGAUGACAUGGGAUCCACUGAGAAAAGGCAUGGCUUUCGGGCUUUCUUUGACACAACUGCCUUCUGGGUAUUUCCAUAUGCAACAGCCCAGAGUAUAGACUUGGGCAGCCACAGACAGAGGCCCUUUCCUACUUCAGACAUCACUUUUGCAGCACUUGAGGAAUGGAAAUACCUAUAGGAAUGAAGGCCAAGGGCUCUCCCCAGCAUAGCUCAUCCAUUACCCAUCAUCCUUCUCAAACAGUCUACUGCCAGUUCUGCACCUCAUCCUCCCUGCUUUUGCCUCCAAGAAGUGAAACCAAAGGCCUCAGCAUCCCCUGACUGGACUGGGGACUAUGGACAGGUCCUCUCUCAUUAUAGGUGCAAAGCACCUCCACACACCAUCAUCACUGCUCCAAAACUGCAUUUCCCUUUCAGUCUCUUUAACAGAAUCCAGGGAUGGGUUGCAGUUAACCAUCCUGGAAAGCACCUUCUCUUUAUUUCAAUUCAUGUUUCAGUGUAGGUUGCACCAGGUAGACGCAGCAUCACAUCAUGUUGUUGGAAAGUUCUGGUUGCCAUACACACCUAGUUCAAGAAAUCCUACUGCCAGUGUCAGAUCUUAUCAGGUCUUGAAAGGGUGGAGGCCUUUGGUUGUGUAAGGCAAGGUUAAUUCACUCAAGCGUAGUGCAUUUCCCAGCCUGUCUGAUCCACUCCCAUCUCUUUUCAACUUCCAUUUGCAGGGGUUCAGAGAGAACCCCAGUUCUGCCUAUGUCUGAUAAAAUGAGAAAACAUACCUUUCUUUCCCAGUGGGUCCUCUCUACCCAUCCCUCCCCAUUCAGAUGUCCUCCAUCAUACCAGUAUUUAGAACCAAAGCCUGAAGGGCGAGUGCCAACAGAAUAGUGAGCAGAAAUAAUGUCAAUAGAUCCAAGCAGAUGUGCCUGGAGGAAUGGUCCCAAAGAAAUUAGAAUGGCUCCAGCAAAAGGUUAGCAGGUAGCCAUCUUGUUAAGCUUUGAUAUGUCCUUGUCAAUGGCAGCCCAAAUUGGGCUGAGGUAGCCUGUUGUCCUACCUCAGGAUCCCCUUGCCUUGAGCUAACAGCCCUGAGUUACUAGUGAAUAAGCCACUAACUCAAGGACACCUUUGUGGGGGCAUUCAGGCAAAGAAGACUGUCCACGUGGUGAACUUUGAUGGCUUUGUAUGUGGUAGCUUUACCUAGCCAGUACAGCUGUGAACAGAAGCUGGCUAUCAAAUUUUAAUUCCCUCAGCUCAUUUGCAACUCUGCCUCUGUUCUCUUGUGUUUUGUUUGGUUGCCUUUUAGUUUCCUAGUAAAUAUUCCUUUUGAAAAAUAAUCCAUUGUCGC